AUGCUGUUGCGCAGAAAAAAUUUGUUGCGAUUGUGUGUGGUGGCGUUGGUGGUUUUUUUGGUGACGAUGCAGUUGAUUGCACGAUUUUGGAAUCAGAGUGCGGUCAAACGCGGGGGUGUGCAGGUGAUAGCAGUCGAUGAUCUGGUGGUACCACCAGUCAAUGAUGUGGUACCACCAGUCAAUGAUAACAAAGGCUCUAGUCAUCGUGAUUAUGAUGAGAAUAACAAUGAUAACUAUACUGAUAAUGGUGACGGCACUAGAAAGCCGAAAAUAAUCCUCCAAUGGACGCGUGUAUUCCGUCUACCCAUGCCACUGGCAUCAAUGGACGAAUGCUCGUUUACACCCGAAGUAUGUUUCUGA